AAAGAAAAUGGUCAUCCACGCAGGCGUUUGUCGCGGGACAGUUUGCUAGAGCAGGCGUGCUUUGUUCACAAUGGACUCAGUCCUUAACAUAUACAAGUAAUGUUAAUGUCAUACGAUGAUAAUAGCCAACGAAAAAUGUCUGACAUGCCUGAGUGAUUGUAGUCCACUAACUUUGAAGCACAUCCACGUUUAUAAGCCAAUGUAGCCUAAUGUGACGUCCUCACAUUAGGACGACCACGAAAGUGUUCCGUCAAGGACGAUAUAUAAUUUGGGAGACGUAGGCUUAUGGAAAGUGAAAGUCAAAAUCUGACAUCAUCGUUUGCUAGAAGAGCAUGAGCUUGUUCAAGAUCGUAUCAUACGUACCUAGACAAGACGACCACAAGGGCAAUUUAUAAAUAUUAGCUCAUUUUGGAGAGCUGUCGGCAAAGAAACAAGUUUUUCGAGAUUUCAUCGACGAAGGCUUUGCUUUGCGUGAAUAAUCUACGCGAUAGAAGACGGACAAUUCGUGCAAUUUUCAUUAACCAGAAACCUACGAUCUGUUUCCAAGGCUGGCAAGUUAUUUGUGUGACCAUGUGUGCUUCUUAUAUCUGCUGCGCAUGGUUAUUCUGAAGAUACUGGAGUUGUGUCAAGUUUCGGCGGCGUUACAGGUGUGUUGUCGCAGGUCAACUAGUAGCGAAAAGUUCACUGUCCUCUGAAACAGAGUGUACUCUGAAUCCAAGGCCUUCAACGUGUUACAACGGGGACCACAGUUGGAGGAUGGUUCAGUCUACAGCCUGGCUCCUAGGGGCCCUAUUAGGGUUGAUCUGGGUACUGCCUGUGUCAAUGACACCUACCACUGCCCAGUGCACGUCUUUGAGGACACUGGAGAGUAAACUCAUCUGCAGACGGCGUUACAUGAAGCACAAUUUCCCGAUAAAUUACACCAUCAGAGUUCACUAUGAGGAGGUCCUCAGGCUCAGCAACGUCACCAGGCUGAGGGUGAGGGUGGAGGAGGAGAAGGACCUGCAGGAUGUGUGGCUGUUGAUCAACCAAGAGGUGUUAAAGAGGCUCUUGAGGGUUCUUCCAGAGAGACACCCCUCCUACAAGUACACCGCUGACCUGGAGGAUCUCUUCAGGAAGGUCCAGCAGUUGUUCCCGCCGCCGAGUGAUGAGAGAGAGACACCAGAGCUAAUAGAGGAGAUCUACAAUAGAGUGAAGGACCCCAACUCAAAAGGCUGGAGGUUUGUGACCCCGAAAUCCCUGCUGGAUAACUGUUAUCGGACAAUGCACUGUCUCUUUAAAGACUGCUUUCCAAGUCAAGAUGGAGAGCAAGACUAUUGUAGCUUCUCUUACUGGCGGAAGGGCAGAAAAAGACAACUACAGGACACCUGAGGAGUGCGUUAUUUACAAACAGUGCCAGUACAUUUCAAUAUUAAGAGUUCCUGCAUGUUAAUAUCCAUUCUUGUGAAGUCUUGAUCUAAUUGCAUGAACCGUAUACCCUGAAAAGAGGUACUGGUGAUUCAGUGGUAUGCAAUCUCCACCUGUCAUUAUGGAUUACUGCUGUCCAUACAUUCUCAUCGCAGAUUUUUUUUACUCACUUUGAAAGAUGCAGUCAAGGUUUUUUAGCCACUGGUUGAAAAAGUGGCACUUGUUGAGCCGAAAAAAAUGUGGCCCCUGAAAAUUGUGUACCAUGUCAUCAUUGUGUACACGUCAACGUGUGGCCUGUGUGUGCCGAUUUGUGACGCCAGUCAAACCACUUGCUUUCCCACUUUCCAUUCCAUGGCAAACUGAUAUACGAUAGUGAUUCUAUAUGCAUAUUUAAGCAACACAUUAAACAUCCAGCCCUGAAAAUGGCCGGUUGAAAAACAAUUUUUGUUAAUUAGAAGUAUGCAUCUUCAGUGACUUGACCUGCCUACUGUUUUUAUUUACACAUCAUUCAUUGCAUCCUACCAACCUAGCCUGUCUGUUCGCUGGUGUUUUAUUCUAAUUUUAAUUGUUUUCAUGUGUAUUUAUGAUGUACUGUCUGCUCAUAUUUAUUAUAUCUUCAGAUGUUUAUGUUCUGAGUUUUGAUUGUUGGUAUUAAGUGUUUUUAGACAGUUGUAUGAUAUAGGGAAGGUGGUUUAUUCUUUUGAGUUAUUUGUUUUUUGGAGAACAUUUCUAGGUGACAUACUGUACAUAUUACCAAUUUAUGUAUAUUUACAAAAUAAACAAGAAAACAAGAGCAUAGCUACUUUCUUUAUAAAUAUAUUGAAUGUGUUCAAUUGUUAAAACAUUUAUAUUUCUUUGUUCUAUGUUUUUAUAUUUGCUUUAAGGUGUUUUGCUGACUUGCAGGUUUAGUCAGGAAAUUCCAACAAUGUCCAGCUACUCAUGGAUUAGGUGUUAUUUACAUCAAUACUGAAUUAUCUACUUGUGCAAAGCAAAUCGAAAGAGUUUAUUCUGUUGUAUAAAAUAAUGGAUUUUUGGAUUUUAAUAACAGUCAGAUUAAAUGAAAUUGUUUUUUAUAUACACGUGUCAAAUUAUUUAUUUUGAAAUGUAUUAUGUGACACCCAUUGUGGAGAAUAAAUCACAU